AUGGAGGUCAAGUUUCCAUGGGAACUGCAGGACGCGAUCGUCGUGUUCGAGCUUCUCCAAAAGUCAAAGCCAAGCCCAAAGCAACUUCAGCAAAGAUUGCUCGUCACAGCAAGAAACGACAGCCUGGAGCUCGAAAUGAAUCUUCCGCAUCUGAAGCCGAUGCCUCAAGACCGCAGCCUUCCAAAAUGGAGGUCCAUUUUCGCCAGAAGAUCGAGAGGGAAGCAGAAGAAUGCAGAAGAGAAUUUGGAGAAGCAGUCAGAGCAGCCGGCAACGAACAAGGGCAAGCGGACGUACACAGAUCCGCGUGCUGAGAGUCCUGGCCGAAAGCGGGGACGUUCUGCGGUGUUUGCUCGCAGCGCAGUUCAAAAUCGCUACAGCUUGGAUGGAAUUUUGACCAGCAAGCCCCAUGAGAUUGCAGAAAUUCUCUACGAGCUUGGAAUUUGCAAAGACAUUCGCGAGAACGUGUGUCCCAAGUGUGAGAAGAAGGAUUGGAAGCUUGAGGAUCGAGAGAAUUCAUGUUUGGUGCGAUGCCGCAAGUGCAGAUAUUCUGAAAGUGUCGUUGCGCAAGACAGAGACUUGUUUUGCAAGCGAAUUGCUCUUGGAUCUGCAGUUGGUUGUUUGUGGCUGAUGUGCACUUUGAAUUUGUCUCCGGAUCAAGCUGGAUUGAUAUUGGGCUUGGAUUCCAGAACGGUUCGAGAGCAGUGGGAUGCUUUUCGAAGUUGGCUGUGCCCUUUGGUGGAGAAAAUGAACGAAGAACUGACUGUGGGUGGGCCCGGCAUGGAUGUUGAAAUUGACGAGGUUGCUUUUCGCAGCGUGGCUCCUCCAAUUUACAUCGCAAAGCUCCCCUACCGCUUGAGUCAAGGUGGUCAAGGUGGUGGAGGCCCUCUCAGUUUGGAAGAGUUGCGCUCCGUCAUGGUCACUUCAACUGGAAAGCCACGCUUGGAGUGUGGCAGCAUUUGCCACACCGAUUCAGCAAAGGCGUACAAGCAAUUGGACCAGCCAGAGGGGCCCUUGUAUGACGGAACCUUGCAAGGGCGGCAGUUCAGCCAGUUCAAGCUAGCUCACACAAAUGUUCGCCACAAGCCUCCGCAUCCCGAGUUCACGAAGAAUUUCCAUGUGAAGUUUUGGAAUGGACGUGAGUGGGAUGAGAAAGACGUGGUGGGAGGAACGCAGAAGAUGGACGGCUUCUUCAGUUCCUUUCGCCGGAAGGUCGGAAGACAGGCCUUCAACACUGUGGGGCCGACUCCCGAGCGUGCGGAUGCUUUAGAGAAGCAGCUGAACCAGAAAGUUCGUUUGUUCCAGUUGCAGUUUUGGUUUUCAGGCUCCGAUGUGUUUCAAAUUUUCGGGGCUGUGCGACGGGCCGAGAGGACCGAGAGCGGCAGUGCAUCUUUGGCCGCUCUGUCUGUGUUCCAGCCCAUGUUCAAGGCUUCUGCCCAACCAGAGCAGGAGUCGCAGAACGCUCAAGGCGACCAGCACAUCUCCGAAGAGGAGUGUAGCCUGCAGUCGGCCUUGUUCGACGAUGAGUGA